AUGUCCCUUGGUCCUGAAUAUGCAUACAAAGGGAAGGGGCCAUCGCCUAAAAAGAGCAUUUUCAUGACCGCUAUCUCCCCAAUUUCAGCUUUUAGCGAAGUCUCACAGACCUCGUCGGAGUUGGCCGACCUGAUUAAAACGCUCAUCGCAGCCAUUAGUAGCGAAAAGCGUGGAUUAGGUGCCAACCUGGACUCAUUCACCUCGAAAAAACAGUGGAAUGAAUCUGAGGUCGAAUUUUGGAACUGCCGACAAAAGGGUCACAACAAAAUUGGUUGUCCGAAAAAUCCGAGGCGCAAUUAUUGUCGCCGUUGUUGCAAAGAGGAAGUGACCACAAAGGAAUGCGAUCUUUCCGGCAACUAUUUGGGAAACCCAAAAAGGGUGAAGGCGUAA